UGCAACCAUCCACAUCAUCACAACAGCAACUUAUUCAACAUCCUUCUCAACAGUUAAAUGGGACUUUACCCUUAGAUAUUAGUCUUGAUCAAAUGCCUCCUAACGCUGUUGCUGCCGCCACUGCUGCUGCUGCUACUACUACUAAUAGACAUGUGGGAGCUGCCAAUAUCACGACUCUUACGAUGACUCCUUCCUCCAGUGCUGCUGCUAACAAUAACCCUCACGCUAUGACAACUCCUCCUAUGACUACAACUGCUACAUCUCAUACAAAUACCAAUCUUGCCGCUCCUAUGUUUUACAAUAACUCUUCUACAGCCUCCCUGCCUAACCUUUACUCUUCCUCCAAUCAUGCUUGGUCCUCUUCUGAGACUCAUUUGGUAACUCCACAAAUGACACCUUAUAGUAGCACGGAAGAAUUAUCAAAGCAGGAAUUUGGUGGUUCAAAAUCGGAUGAUGAGGAAACAAGUAGUGGAAUGGAAGAUGAUAUUGAUUUCCAUCAAACAUCACCCAUGAACGGACCCUACUUUGAUGCAAAUGCGCAUAAUCGACAAACUCAUCAAGCACUUAUGGCUACUGAAUUAUAUCCUGUUGGCCUUCAAAAUUCAGAUACCCAUUUCGAUCCUAACCUGAUGAACAGUUGGAAUAAUAUGAAAUAUGCUGCUGCUGUUCCUCCGCAUGCUUCAAUGAUUAAUGGUGGUAAUAUGGAUCCUAACAAUCUUGGUAACGAUCAACAUUUUUUGAUAGUUCUUUCAAGUCAUUCCUUAUUAAGAAUCUAUUUCUAAUAUGGCCUACGGGUACUUUUUGGUAAUAUAUAUAAUCAUUCCAUAUUCCCUUUAUUCAUCUCUUUAUUUUUCUUAACGUAGUGGCCAUCAAACGCAUAAGAAAAGAAUAAAAUAUUAUAAAAAGAAAAAAAAAAAAAUAUCGGUAAAU